GCACUUUAUUCAUGAAAACAGCAGCCUUUGUCUUUGUUUGCCUAUUGCUGUUGAUUCGUUGGCUAACAGCCACUUUACCAGGCUAUAUUCAUCCAGAUGAGUUUUUUCAGAAUCCCGAGAUCACAAGCCGAAUGAUCUUCAAGAUCGAUUCGUUUAUUCCUUGGGAGUAUCAACCAGAACAUGCCUCGCGUUCUAUUGUCUCGCCUCUUUUGACAACAGGGUUACCAUUUUAUCUAUUGAAAGCGUAUUUGCCUGAAAACCAAUUACCUUCUACUAUGAUGUUGUUCCAUACAGAGCGUUUAGGUUCCUUUUUCUGGUCUUUAGGAAUAGAUAUGUGUGUCUAUAGAUUAUGUAAGCAUAUGGACAUGGACCCGUUUGAACCUAUGCUCUUGGUUGCAACCAGUUUGGUUACACUUGCAUUUCAUACACGUCCCUUCUCUAACUCAUUUGAGAGUGUGUUGCUUUGUUUAUGCUUAGUGAUCUAUGCAGACUAUGUCAAAAAGCCUACCUCAAUGCGUGCUUUAUGUUUGGGUGGAUUAUUUAGUUUAGGUGUAUUUACUCGUAUUACUUUCCCCUUGUAUGCUUUCCCUAUAGGUGUUGCAUUCUUGGUUCAAACAUUUAAAAAAAACCAAGGUCGCUUGCAAUCUCUCUUUUGCCUCUUGUUAGGUACUUUCUUGUGUGCUGGUGCUUGUAUCUUGAUAGAUUCUGUCUAUUAUGGCAAGUUGGUAUUCACUGUUCAUGAUAUGCCCUUUAGAGAUGUAUUCCAUGUUGUGUCCAGUGUAUCUGAUCUGACUGCUCUAUCAAACAUUCGUGCUUAUGGCGAGAUUGUCAUUACUCCUUUAAACAAUAUCUUGUAUAAUCUAAAUGUUGAUAAUUUGGCACAACAUGGUCUUCAUGCUCGUUAUACUCAUUUGCUGAUUAACUUGCCUUUGCUCUUUGGUCCUUUGGCUUUCUUUGGUCUCUUUUGCAUGCCAAAAGUAUUUAGCAAACUAAAGACAAUGAACAACGAUUUAGUCUAUGUGCUUGUGUCUAUGUUCUUUUUAGGCCUUAUUGGUCUUUCUAUCAUGCCGCAUCAAGAAGCUCGUUUCUUGUGUCCUCUUUUGGUUCCCUUUGUUUUGAUCUAUGCUUGGGAUCAGUCAACAUUUCCCCUCUUGUUUUGGAUGGCCUGGAUCCUGUUCAAUACAGUGACUACAUUUGUGUUUAGUUUUGUUCAUCAAGGAGGCAUGGUACCUGCUCUUGGCUUCAUUCAGCGCCAUACAACUGGUAUUCAUGACUGCCAUGUACUUCAUUCGGGUGACUUGUCUUGUUUUGUUGACUUAAACCAAGCUACUGAUCUGAAUGGCUUUGAUUUAACAACCCAUCUUGUGUUCUAUAAGACAUAUAUGCCUCCUCGCCAUUUACUUGCUUUACCCUUAGAGAACAAAGCACAUCAUGUCCAUAUCAUUGAUUUUGGCAGUGAUCAUCAUGGUCUCGUCUCUGAAUUGACUCAAAGACCCGGUAUUCCUUUACGUCGUCACUCAAAAGACAAGAUUGACAUUGAUUUUGCUCAAACAAACCAAACACAUCAAUUUGAAAGGACCUUAUUGAUAACACCUAGUUUUGUCACUGUGCCCAAGAUAAAAGACCACCGAUACUUGUUAAUCCACCGCCUUAGUCCUCAUGUUAGUUUUGACGAUAUAGACACGAUGGCACAAGGGGCACAAACAUAUUCGCCUGAAAGCCAAAUGAGUCUGAAUGUAUAUCUCUUGUUGUCUAACCAAGACGACCUAUGAAAACUUUAUUCUGUGAUACACAGCUUUAUGCUUUAAAUGGCGAUAAUAUGAAUCCAAUGUAUGCUCACAAAAUAAACAGCCAAACUUUUUAUUCACC